UGUGGCCUGCCUGCCGGCGGGGUGGCACUUCCGCACAUGCCACUUGGUUGGUCGGUUCCUUCCUCUGCAGUCUGCACUAUUCGCUCGCGCGCAGCAGCGGAGCUUCGCGCCGCCCCCCUCCUCCACGGCGGCACGGCCUCGUCCCGGCGGCUCCAGAUGGGUAGCUCCUCCCACUCCGCCGCCUGGACCUCCCUCCCGCCGCCGCGGCCCGAACCCGCUCCGGCACCAGGUCGUGGAGUAUGCAUGAUGAGCACUUCGUGGAGAGAUAAGCAACACCCCGACCUUGUCAACUUCAUUGCCGCAUUCCUAGCUGCCAACUCAUAUCGCCUCAACUUUCUGUCAAUAUCCCCUGACUUCAUCAUCAACAAUGGGGGGUUAUCUGUUGCUUUUAUCUUUGAGACAAGCUGGGAUUGUGAAAAUGAAGCUGCUGUCUUUAGCAGGGUGAAUACACUGAAGAGACAGUUCAAGAAUCUCUAUGUCGUUGUUGCUGUUCCCACGGUAGAGCAAAUUGAAUCAUUUAAUCAAUCAUAUUUCAGGUAUGACAUGGAACUUGGUUGUCCUACAUUUGUGCCUGUUAAUGAUCCUGAGAUGGGAUUUGAGAAAAUGCUCAAGAUCGCUCAUGCUCGUGGAGUAUGCAAGCAGCAGGAUAUUAGCUCAACAAUGAAGAAUGAGCGGGAGCAAGCAGUUCAGUGUAUGGAUGCCUUUUUACAAGUGGUCACCUCUAUUCCUGGUAUUGAUAAUCACGAUGCCAAUAUGCUUGCCCAGGCUAUUGGCUCUAUUGAAGCAAUCGCAAAAGCACCCAAGAGCUUAAUUCUGGAAAGCACCGACCUGUCCACAGAUAAGGCAGAGACAGUGGUUAGGUUCUUCAGGGAUCGGCAGUACUACUUAAGCCCUAAAAUCAACUGAUCCUUGCAGGGACGGACGUUUCCGACGACGUCGUUGUCCGUCUGUCAUGCAUCAAUUUUCGUGCCCGUUCCAAUUUUCUGGACUUCACGACGCAGCUGCCAUCCCGUAGCUGCGCCUGCCCAGCACCUCCCUCCGGCAUCCGCUAUCCCUGGCGCCGCCGACUCCUACUGCCGGCUCCUCAAGCAUCUCCGCAGUCCUGUCGCCAGUUCAGCUCCUCACGCACCGCCACCGCCCACUUCGCGGGCCCUGCAUGGACCUGCCGGCGCCGGUCACCGACCCGCUCCUCGCGUGGGUGCGUGGGGCCACUGGACCAUGAGUGGGCCCAGCUCCAAGCGCCUCCCUCUGCAGGGCUGCGCGCAUCGAGGGUAACCUCAUCAAGAUCCGCCGCACCAUACACCACCACGCCAGGGUGUUGGCCAUGCCAAGGCGAAGUCCCGAGUCGCCGGCCUGAAGCCAGUCUCGCAGGAUCCGCUCGGCUCCGACUAUGAUGCUGAGUUGACGGACGACGAGGAGGACGUCAAGGCCCAGGAGCAGGUCCUGAGGCGUGAGUUCGUCGAUGACAGGAGGACUCGGAGUCUGGCAAGUCGGAUGGGAAGAAGAAGCAGACCACCGUGAUGCCGGCGAUGAAGUCACUGAACAGGAAGGCUGCAGAGGUGGUGACUGCGCCUAGGAGGACCUCGCCGAGGUCGAAGAACUGAUGAAUAUGUUCUGGGUCUAUGUGCAAUUCCAUUCUUCAUGUGUUGGGUCUGUGAUCAGUCAAUUGUGGUGUUGUGAUCUUGGUGGUGAAAGAUACCAUGUGUUGGCUCGGUAGAUCUAUCGAUUGAGAGAUGUGAUCUUGGAGAUGCAAGAUACUAUGUGUUCAUCAAAAUGUUAGAAUGAGAUGUGAUUUGAGGCUUCCAUCUCUGAAAAUAAAUUUCUAAAGUAUGAGAACAACUCUCAGACAAUGCAAUUCCUCUCCUUAUUUCUGAACAUCUUGUAUUAGUGGCUU